AAGGUUUGUUCCUUCUUUCACCUCCAUCUUGCGUGAACUCUGCAAAAGUGUUCCUGAAAACGUUAACACGGCGUUUUAGGCGAAUUGUGCUGAGUGCAGAUUUUAGCAAGAAUGGACUUUGGAGACGGCGGGGCCGAUGCCCCUACCAUUGUGACUCCCGCCACGUCUCAGCACGUACUCAUUCAAGGAGGCAACGACGUCUCACAGGAGCGUGGAGCCCAACCGCCUCCGUCUCCUCGGCAUUUACGUCGGCCUUCUCAUGGGUUUCCUCGUAUCUCUGGCGAGCUUAGCAAGGCCGAGCUGGUCGAACGCAAAAUUCGGGCGCACAAGAUUAGAAACGAAGCAAAGCAUGCAUACGGGGACCUUAUUAGAAUAAAGGCGUCCGUGAUCCCCAGGGUGUUUUGGCCAGCGAUCAUUCACACUUUGUGGGGAACGUUGUGGACAGCACUCUACAUGACCGCCAAUGUGAAAUGGUUUGUUAUACCGCCACAGCUGAUUACGAUUUUGGGUGUGGUCAUCUCGUUGCUCUUGGUUUUCAGAACGAACACGGCAUAUGAUAGAUACUGGGAAGGACGUCGCCUCUGGGGAACUCUUGUCACGCAAGUCCGUAAUUUGGCACGGUUUGUUUGGAUUGGUGUGCAAGGGCGCGACGAGCACCAGAACUUGGAAAAGAAGGGCUGCAUGAACCUUCUCCUUGCGUUUGCCGUGGCCACGAAGCAUUACCUCCGGAACGAGCUUGGCCACAAAUACACAGAUCUACACCAUCUUUUAAUACACUUGCCGGAUUUUGUGCCUGGUGUCAAACACCCGGAGAUCAAGAACCUACCAUUGGAAAUCUCCUUCCAUAUAUCAUCUUACAUUGGAAGAUGUCGAGAGUUGGAGCUCAUUGACGUGUCGCAGCAGACUGCCAUGACAAACGCCCUGUCGGCAAUGGUGGAUUGUCUCACAUCAUUUGAACGUAUUCGCAACACUCCGAUUCCUUUGGCGUAUUCGAUCCAUCUGCAGCAAACUCUUACGCUUUAUAUCCUUUCGUUACCAUUCCAACUGGUGAGCACGGUGUAUUGGGGAACAAUCCCAAUCAUAUUCAUCGCUGCCUUCACGCUAUUGGGUAUCGAGAGUAUUGGUGGAGAAAUUGAGAACCCGUUCGGAUACGAUGAAAACGACCUUCGGGUCGAAGAGUUCUGCCACACCACUCGCGAGGAGCUCGUCCGUGUCAUGAUACGUCCCAGCAAACUGGACCCUACCACCUGGGGAGCACCGUUCGCCGAGGGCGAGUAUGCAGAUCUUCGUACUAUGGUUCGCUCCGCUGGUGCGGACGUCGUUGGAUCCACCGACACGUUCGUGGAUGCGGUCUCUAUCAAUAUCAACGUACCUUCAGGAGUGAAAAAGGACUAGACUGCUUUUUUGUCAUGUCUGUCUGCUUGUAUAUUUGUUUGGUGGAUUGGAGCUAAGGACAUGUUGAGAGUGUCACUCGUAGUGGUUGACACUGUUUAACGAUAAUUGUAGAUGAAUUGUACAUGGUCGGUUAGGACAUUGGAGGCAAUGAAAUAGACAAAAUUUAUUGUGGACAAGA